AUGUCGAAUUUGCCCGGUCCACGAAACUUUAGUCUACGAAACGUCAACUCAAGCAAACCUCAAGUCUACCGAACGAAUUCAGCACAGUCUGUCGCUGCAUCAGACGAUUACUAUUCUUUCUCAGACCGAGUCUCCUCAAGUGAAGAAAGUCGUGUAACUGCAAUGCGCUACGCUACUCCUGAUUCCCGUCCGUCGUCCCAGGCGUCAUCACCGACGGCGUCACGGACACGGCCGGGAGUUAUUGAAGAGCUACACCACCUAGUGCAACCUGCUCAGGAACCAGGCUCUCCUCGUCCGCCAACAGAAAGCACAGUUCGCUUUGGAGAAGACAGAAUCGCUCGUAUCAGCCCCAAGUCCGACGAGACUGUUCGUCGUGUACCCAGGAGUGACGAAUAUGCCGGCCCAGCACCAACCCCUGGGAUGGAUGACACACCAUACGUCCAAUUCGCACUCAAUCAACUUACCCGCGACGAGGAAGUGAGUGGAGUAGGCCGACAAGACUCGGUCUCUACUAACAGAGACGAGUACCCGGGUGAUCGUCUAGUCUGGGAUGCGGGACUUGGUUAUUUCACUCGCACAAGAACCCCCAUCCGAUACACUGAAACACCUCAACGACCCACGUACAAGUCGCCAUCACCACAGGCCUUGCCGCAAAGACCAGACUCCAUUGAUCCUGAGUCGUUCGUGGCUGUUGACCCUCCAGAGCAAAGUCUCAUGUACCCUGCUCUUGAUUACCUGCCACUCGUCCUUCGAUCAUGGGCUCUUCUUUUGGCUGUAUUUACCUGCUGCCUCAUGAUUGCCGGGAUAGUGUUUUGCAAUAUCUGGUCCAAACGACACAAGGGAAUUUGGGAAUAUGAUGGCAAAGGUGGCGGCCGGUAUUUUGUGAUGCAAUUUCUUCCACAAGUUCUAGCUGCACCUAUCAUCAUUUGGACCUUUGUGAUUCAGGCCGCAGUAUACCGCGUGGCGCCUUUUGCUAUUAUGGCUGCGGAGAGGAAAAAGGGAAAUGUGCUACAGGGAUUGCCCAUUCUUCCUCGAAACUUCAUCCUCCCCGACUUUUCCCACUUUCGAUAUGGCGAGCCUCUUUUUGGCUUUGUUUUGUUCACGAUCUGGCUGUCAAACUUCUUCUCCAUUCCUCUUAUCAGCUGUCUUUUCCAAGCGAAAUACUACACUAUUGAUGGCCAAGGAAUAUGGAAGUGGACUUCUGUGCAGAGCGUUGGCUGGACUCUUGUUGGAUCUUACGGACUCUUGACUAUCGGUCUGCUGCUCAUCUUUCUCAGAUUCGUUCGUGGAUGGACUGGUUUGAUGUGGGAUCCUGUCUGCCUAGCGGAUCUUAUCUCAAUCAUUCAAAGAUCCAACAUUCUUCACGACUAUGAGCACUCUGAGACUGUUCCAAGUGUCCGGGAAACCCUCGACUCCCGAGUCCUUCGUUUAGGGUACUGGAAGUUGUCCAUGAAGCCCGAAAUCUUCUAUGGUGUUGGUGAAGUUGACGCACCAAUUCGCACUCCUUCGCUGCAUCAGACAGAGAAAAACCGAGAGAAGCAGCCGCAAGGAAUGACCAAGGUUCGCUUCGACCUCGAGAACAAUGGAGGAGUUUCGUGCGACCAGCACCUCUACUCCCCUGCUGCUCGCUACCGCUGGACACCCUGGUUCUUGCGCCGCGCCUCCGUUAUCAGCUGGGUUAUCAUCGUCUUUGCCCUAUUCAUCGCAUUCGUGACCGUCAGCUUCGUCAACAACGCCAUCAAAAGCGGCUUCCCCCCCAAACUUCCAACCUUACCAUCGACAAGCGCAUUCUCCUCCUCCAACUUCCUAUACAGCUUUAUCCCUGCCCUCAUCGGCAACUUUCUCUUCCUUGCUUUGCAGCCAAUUGACCUCUACUUCCGCGCCCUUCAACCAUUCGUCGAGCUCUCCGCCCCUCACGGUGCUGCAGCAGACAAAAGCAUCCUUCUCGCCUACCCCUCCGCCCUCCCCGUCCAAGCCACAAUGCAGGCUCUCAUCAAUGGCCACUGGAAAGUCGCCUGGUUAUCCUUCAUAAGCCUUGUCUCCAUCGCCAUCCCCAUCAUCGCCGGUGGGAUUUUCAUUGCACUCUGGUAUCCCUCCGACAAUGAUGUUCGGAUUUCGGCCUUGAUGCCAGCUUACUACGCUCUCAUCGUAUUCUGUGCUAUAUACGCUAUAUCUUUCACGGCGACCUGGCCUGGUCGUCGCUGCUAUCUCCCUCACGAUAUAGCUACCCUUUCUGAUCUGAUGAGCUUUCUCUAUCAAUCACCACUCCUGGCUGACAAGUUGCUCCGUGAGCCAAGGAGCAAAACAGACCUCGUUACCCGGCUCAUUGUUGCGCCGCCUUCGGAACGUCUGCGGCCCAUGUACGGAUUUGGUAUAUAUGUUGGUCGCGACGGGAAAGAGCAUCUUGGUAUCGAUCGCUUCGCGAGACCUGGUCGUACUGAUAUGUUGAUUACGACUGGCUCGAUGAAAUAA